AUGGCUAAUCCACCCCAGAAAAUCGUUUACAAACUGGUCCUUACUGGAGGACCGUGUGGCGGCAAAACCACUGGACAGUCACGCCUCAGCACUUUUUUCGAAAAUCUAGGAUGGAAGGUGUUCCGGGUGCCGGAAACGGCUACCGUGCUCCUCAGUGGUGGAAUCAAAUUUGCAGAUCUCACUCCAGAAGAAGCUAUAAAAUUCCAAGAGAAUCUUCUGAAGACCAUGAUACAGAUUGAGAACUCAUUCUUCGAGCUGGGCAGAUCGUGCCAGAGGAAUUGCCUUAUUAUAUGCGAUAGGGGAGCGAUGGAUGCCAGUGCAUUUAUAUCCAAAGAGAAAUGGGUGGCUAUGUGCCAGGCUAACAACUGGAACAGUGUAGAGUUGAGAGACAACAGGUACAAUCACAUCGUCCAUAUGGUGUCAGCCGCAAACGGUGCCGAAGACUUUUACUCUUUGGAGGACCAUGCUUGCCGAUCAGAGGGAGUGGAGCUCGCAAGGGAAUUAGACUACAAUGCAGCCGCUGCAUGGAUCGGACAUCCAUACUUUGAUGUUAUCGAUAAUUCGACAGAUUUCGAUAAGAAAAUGAACCGCCUGAUUGCUUGCGUAUGCCAGAAAAUUGGCAUCGAGACUGGCGACCGACUCAACGUCAACUCCAAGAAACGCAAGUUUCUUGUCAAAACUCCUCUUGUUGCCGAUUCAGAAUUCCCAGCCUUUCAAGACUUCGAUGUCGUUCACAACUACUUGCAGAGCGAUUUACGCAAAGCCCAAGUCAGGCUUCGCAAGCGUGGUCAGAAGGGCCACUGGUCUUACAUUCACACGUUGAGAAAGUUUCAUCCCACUAACGGGCAGUCAGUUGAAGUACGAACGCAGUUGACACACAGAGACUACUUAAAUCUUCUCCCACAACGCGACGACGCUCAUUUCACAAUCUUCAAGAAGCGGCGUUGCUUCAUAUACAACAAUCAGUACUAUCAGUUGGAUAUGUAUAGACAACCUACACAUCCCAGGUGUCGCGGAUUAGUUCUUUUGGAGACGUAUAGUGCUGCGUAUGACCAGACAGCGUUGAUUGCAUCAUUGCCGAAGUUCCUGACCAUCGAGAAGGAGGUGACCGGCGACCCCGCCUAUUCCAUGUACAAUUUGUCGCUGAAGGAAGAUUGGAAGACCUCAAAAAGGUACUACACGGGCAAGGACCGCCACGGACAAAGUAAAACCUUGAUGAAUGACCACAAAGAUGAUAAGCCAAAUGUCACGAACGGCGUUGUAAAAAUGAACGGGCAUUCAGGUGAGAAAGUAAAUGGACAAUCAGGAGAUGAAAUGAACGGUUACACCGCUGAGAAAAUGAACGGGCACUCAACCGAAAAUCCGGAUGCCUACGUGACAGAAACAAUUAAUAGGCAGGUCAGUGACAAAGUCAAUGGCUGCACUGAAAAGCUAACCUAUCCAGACAAAACGAACGGACAUAUUGUAAAUGGAAACAGUACCAAAUACCAAGCGAAUGCUGUGAAUGGUUCUGCCGAUGAUACAGAACUGGAGAACUAUAAGAAGAGUCAAAAAAUGGAUCUCGGAACACCAAAGAUUACAAAGGUCGCCGUAAAGAUUUAA